GGCCUGCUAGCAGAGGCUAGCCGUUAGCCUCUUUUCCUGGGAAUGGCGUCGCGUAAACAGAAGCGAGUGUGGAAAUACGUCGAGGAGGGCAGCGUGUUGAAGCUGAAGGCCUACCUGCGGAAGCACCGGGACCUGGACGUGAACUUCUCCCAGGGAAAGAGGCAGAAGAGCCCGCUGCAUCUGGCCUGCGGCCUCGGGGACGACGCCUCUGUGCGGCUGCUCCUCCGCCAUGGAGCAGACGUUCUCCGGAGGGACCGCCGAGGAAACACGGCGCUGCACGUCGCGGCCGACAGAGUCCUGAAACACGGGAAGACAGCGUUUGAUGACCUGGUGGUGCCUCUGAAGAGGAGCUGUCCAGAUGCUCUGAACGCCCCAAACAGAGCCGGGAUCACUCCCCAAGACCUGCUGAGCUGGACCAGACAGUCCCAGAGUGCAGAAGAAAUGAGCCGUCCACGUAGGUCAGAUCCUGAGGAGGAGUGGCUGGGGAAGCUCUUUGACGAAUGCGAGGAUGAGUUUUUGGAAACCUUCGGAGUGUAUGAUGCCGAUGACUUUCUGCCCGUUGAUGACGACGAGGAAGACUUCGGGGACUGGGCCGAUCGGAUCAGGAGAGAGUACUUCGAUAAAAAACACGCAGAGGCUCAAAGACUGGCUGCGUCCUCCAGUGGAUGGAAGAGGAGGAAGACCAAGGAGGAGAGAGAAGAAGAAGAGCGAAGCAACAGGGAGCUGCAGGAAAAGCUUCGCCGGGAGCACGAGGAGUAUCUGGCUCGAGCGGCACGGAAAGAGGAGGAAACGCGGCUGGGGAAUAAGCGUCGGUACGACGAGCGGUGCGCGGCCACCUUUCAGGCCGGCUCCUCGGCUGACGGCGUGAAGCUGAGCUACGGCGACAUCCCUUGGCCGGCCCCGCGAGGCUCCAUCCAGGAGAUGAUCGACGUGAUGCUGCACGGCGUCGACCGGAAGGACGCCGCAGGGUUUCGCAAAGCGCUCCGGAAGCAGCAGGCCCUGUGGCACCCGGACAAAUUUGCUCAACGGUGCGAAGCCCGGUUAGAGGAGAAAGACAAACAGCGGGUUCUGGAUACAGUCACGGCUCUGUCGCAGGAGCUCAACAAACUGGCACAAAGUCUGAGGACUUAGAGGACGACUGUCCCGCUGUCUAUUAACAGUCUGCUCUGUGUGAUCAUUAAAGAUAAUUCAGUUGU